UUAGCCUGUGGUGCCGCGGUCACUGCCAACCUUUUUAGCCCUGACCCCACAUCCCGGGGCCCCGCGGGUCCUCGAGUUCUGGAGCACCCUGGCCGAUGCGUCCAGACAGCGUUUUCUGGGAGCUCCGGGAAGCGGGAAGACCGUCCCGGGCACCCCGCCUUUCUUCCCAAGAGAACGCACGCCCUGCAUCGCGCUUCCCAGUUCCUCCUGCUCCAGCGUCCUCUGGUCCUUCUUUCUGUCUGUGCCUCUGUCUUUGUCUCAGCCUCUCAGGUUCGCUUGCCCUCUCAGAUUUUUCUGGUCCUGCCCCUCAGCUGGACUCCCAGGUUCUGCCCCCUUCCCUGCCUCAGCUUCCAUCAGGGCCUCCCCUGAGUUUCUGCCCCAUCUGUGUUAGGCUUCACUCCUGAUUCUUUCUCCUGUUUGCCUGGCUGAGCUGCUUCUUUGGGGUCCUCACAGGCUCCCAGUUCCCCUGCCCUGGUACAAGCAGAACACUAACCCACUGAGAAGCUUUAGUCUCUGUGGCCAGGAUGGGGGUCCUUGAACGAGUUGCUGUCCUCUUAAGCUGUAGUUUCCUCUCCCAGUCUGCAUGAUCUCAAGAGCCUGCCUGUGUAGGGUUAAUAGAGGGUGGAUGAGUAGGUACAGAUGAUAGGAUGCAGGCUGAAGAGGAUAGGAGGGGAACUCUAAUGUCGGUCAAAGGCUGAGAAGGGGAAGGCUGGGAAUGGCAUCUGCUGGGCUUGGAGAGAGUGAAGAAAUGGAGACACCAAGUCUCCAGCGGCUUCCCAUGUAAAGCUUGGGCAUCCACAGCUCAGCUCCAUCAUUGUUCAGAGGUCUCACCAGGUUAAUCGUCCCCCACCUGUGACACACAUAGAUCCACAUCUCUUUACUCUGCUGACUUAAGACAUUUAAUUACAUGGUACCUUCUCUGAGGCCAGUCCCUCCACCUUGCUGUCUCACUGGGCUGAGGGUUUUCCAUUUCUUUUUCAUUUAGGAGACUUUGGGGACUGGCCCUUUAAGAACCAGAGUCUAGGACCCUAGGUGUUCACCUGGGCUUCAGUUUCUCUUGGGCUGGAAACUGUCCCAUAGAGCCUCUUCCCUCCCUGUGGUGGGUCUUCCAAUGCCCCUGCUCUGCAAAUCCGAGGCUCAGGAUGGGAGCCAGAUCCCCGAGUGUGUAACUGCCAUGGCCUCAGCUACUACUGAAUGGAUCUCCUAGGAGGAGCUGGUCCCUUCCUAUCUCUCUUCGCGUCUGUCCUUUCCUGGCCCCCGUUUCCUCCUCUCUUUGCCUUUGCUGAGUCUAUCCUCAUCCCUUGAAGACCCUGGUCUGCUGGACCUAGCCAUCCCUUUUGGGGCCAUGGGAUCACUGUUUGGGUUUCUGGUACUGCUGCUGCUGUGGGGUGCUGUGGCUGAGGGCCCAGCCAAGAAGGUGCUGACCCUGGAGGGGGACCUGGUGCUGGGUGGGCUGUUCCCAGUGCACCAGAAAGGUGGCCCAGCAGAGGAGUGCGGUCCUGUUAAUGAGCACCGUGGCAUACAGCGCCUAGAGGCCAUGCUUUUCGCACUGGACCGCAUCAACCGCGACCCCCACCUGCUGCCUGGUGUGCGCUUGGGUGCACACAUCCUCGACAGCUGCUCCAAGGAUACACACGCCCUGGAGCAGGCGCUGGACUUCGUUCGGGCCUCACUCAGUCGUGGUGCUGAUGGCUCCCGCCACAUCUGUCCUGAUGGUUCCUACGCCACCCAUAGCGAUGCUCCGACAGCCAUCACCGGUGUCAUUGGUGGCUCCUACAGUGAUGUCUCCAUCCAGGUGGCCAAUCUCCUGCGGCUGUUUCAGAUCCCACAGAUCAGCUAUGCCUCCACGAGUGCCAAGCUGAGUGACAAGUCCCGUUACGAUUACUUUGCUCGCACUGUGCCCCCAGACUUCUUCCAAGCCAAGGCCAUGGCUGAGAUUCUCCGCUUUUUCAACUGGACAUACGUGUCUACGGUGGCGUCUGAGGGGGACUAUGGUGAGACAGGCAUCGAGGCCUUUGAGCUGGAGGCUCGUGCACGAAACAUCUGCGUGGCCACUUCGGAGAAGGUGGGCCGCGCCAUGAGCCGGGCGGCCUUCGAGGGUGUGGUCCGAGCCCUGAUGCAGAAGCCCAGUGCCCGGGUCGCUGUGCUCUUCACCCGGUCCGAGGAUGCCCGUGAGCUGCUUGCAGCCACUCAGCGCCUCAAUGCCAGCUUCAUCUGGGUGGCCAGCGACGGCUGGGGGGCCCUGGAGAGUGUGGUAGCAGGCAGUGAAGGGGCUGCGUUGGGUGCCAUCACCAUUGAGCUGGCCUCCUAUCCCAUCAGUGACUUUGCCUCCUACUUCCAGAGCUUGGAUCCCUGGAACAACAGUCGGAACCCCUGGUUCCGUGAGUUCUGGGAGGAGAGGUUCCAGUGCAGCUUCCGGCAACGAGACUGUGCGGCCCACUCUCUUCGGGCUGUGCCCUUCGAACAGGAGUCUAAGAUAAUGUUUGUGGUCAACGCAGUGUAUGCCAUGGCCCACGCUCUACAUAACAUGCACCGUGCCCUCUGUCCCAACACCACCCACCUCUGUGACGCCAUGAGGCCUGUCAACGGGCGCCGCCUCUACAAAGACUUCGUGCUCAAUGUCAAGUUUGAUGCCCCCUUCCGCCCAGCGGAUACUCACAACGAGGUCCGCUUUGACCGUUUUGGUGAUGGUAUUGGCCGCUACAACAUCUUCACCUAUCUGCGGGCAGGCAGUGGGCGCUAUCGCUACCAGAAGGUAGGCUACUGGGCAGAAGGUCUGACCCUGGACACUAGCCUCAUCCCAUGGGCCUCCCCAUCAGCCGGCCCCCUUCCUGCCUCUCGCUGUAGUGAGCCCUGCCUUCAGAAUGAGGUGAAGAGUGUGCAGCCAGGUGAGGUCUGCUGCUGGCUCUGCAUCCCCUGUCAGCCUUAUGAGUACCGGCUGGACGAGUUCACCUGUGCUGACUGUGGUCUGGGCUACUGGCCUAAUGCCAGUCUGACUGGCUGCUUUGAGCUGCCCCAGGAGUAUAUCCGCUGGGGUGAUGCCUGGGCAGUGGGACCGGUCACCAUUGCCUGCCUAGGUGCCCUGGCCACCCUCUUUGUGUUGGGUGUCUUUGUAAGGCAUAAUGCUACACCUGUGGUCAAGGCCUCUGGUCGAGAGCUUUGCUACAUUCUGCUGGGAGGUGUCUUCCUCUGCUACUGUAUGACCUUCAUCUUCAUUGCCAAGCCUUCCACGGCAGUGUGCACCUUACGGCGCCUCGGUUUGGGCACUGCCUUCUCUGUCUGCUACUCAGCCCUCCUCACCAAGACCAAUCGCAUUGCUCGAAUCUUUGGCGGGGCCCGGGAGGGUGCCCAGCGGCCUCGCUUCAUCAGUCCCGCCUCACAGGUGGCCAUCUGCCUGGCACUGAUCUCGGGCCAGCUGCUCAUUGUUGCUGCCUGGCUGGUGGUAGAGGCACCAGGCAUUGGCAAGGAGACGGCCCCUGAGCGGCGAGAAGUCGUGACGUUGCGCUGUAACCACCGUGAUGCAAGCAUGCUCGGCUCACUGGCUUACAACGUGCUCCUCAUCGCCCUCUGCACGCUCUAUGCCUUCAAGACCCGAAAGUGCCCGGAGAACUUCAAUGAAGCCAAGUUCAUUGGCUUCACCAUGUACACCACCUGCAUCAUUUGGCUGGCUUUCCUUCCCAUCUUCUAUGUCACCUCCAGUGAUUAUCGGGUACAGACCACUACCAUGUGCGUGUCAGUCAGCCUCAGCGGCUCUGUGGUGCUCGGCUGCCUCUUUGCACCCAAGCUGCAUAUCAUCCUUUUCCAGCCACAGAAGAACGUGGUGAGCCACCGGGCACCUACCAGCCGCUUUGGAAGCACUGCCCCCAGGGCCAGCGCCAACCUUGGUCAAGGGUCUGGAUCCCAGUUUGUUCCUACUGUUUGCAACGGCCGUGAGGUGGUAGACUCAACAACAUCGUCGCUUUGAAGACCCCACACUCCUGCCCUGACAUGGCUGCUCCCGAACCCAGUGUAAACCCUCUUCCACGGCCAGGAGGAAGUUAGCUGGAGCACUGCAAUAACGCCCGCCCCAUGCCUGCCCCUAGAGUCACUUUCCCACCUACUGAUUCCCCAGCCCUGUAGGUAAGAAGCCAGGGUCCUUAGCCGGGAAGCCUCUGCAGUGACCACCAACUGCCCUUGUAGCUAUGCCCCGUGUUUGCCAGGCCUGGGACUCCGAGGGGAGAGUCAGCGUCCACUGUGCUCUAGAUCAGUGUGGCUGAGGAUGGCAGGCCCAACCCCCAACAGUAAAGGUGCUUCCAGCCCAGCCCUGCCCAGGCCUUUUUAAUUUUCUAUAAGUCACUCUGGGAUGGAGAGGAUGGCUGUCGUGGGGGUCAUCCCCGCCCCUCCCUACCCAGUAAUUUGUCUCCUGGUUUAUUUUGUAUUAUCUGUAAAUAAAGUAUCUUUAUUUAAA